GCGCUCCCUCGCCAUUGUCUGCGCGGCGGUCCUUGCCUGCUGCGGGCACCGGCGGGCGGCGCGGCGGCUGUGGCCGUGAUGCUGAAGGGCUGCGCGCUUCCACAGACUCGGCAGCGGGCUCCAGCCCUGGGGAGCAGCCACCCCGCCUGCUGAAGACUGAAACUUUGCGUCCCUGUCGCUCCGUCUCCUCCCUCUUCCUCUCGCCCUUCUCCAUGCGCUGAGCGGCCGCGGGGCGCCCGCUCGGCCCCAUGGACGCCUUCAGCGCUGCCAAGGCCAAGAUGGGGGCGAAGAGCGGCGGCGAGGCGGCGGCGGCGGGAGUGGCCGCGCCUCAGCCCGCCGUGCCGGCCCCCAGCCCAGCCGGUCCCGGCUCGCCCGCCGCGCUCGAGCCCGCUGCCUACAAGCUGGAGGACCUGGAGACCCUGGCUACCGUGGGCACAGGUACCUUUGGACGUGUUCAUCUGGUGAAGGAAAAAAUGGGCAAGCGUUACUUUGCACUGAAAGUAAUGAGCAUUCCUGAUGUCAUUAGACUGAAGCAAGAGCAGCAUGUGCACAAUGAAAAGUCUGUCUUGAAAGAAGUCAACCACCCUUUUUUGAUCAGAUUAUUUUGGACCAACCACGAUGAACGUUUUUUAUAUAUGUUAAUGGAAUAUGUGCCAGGAGGAGAACUUUUUAGUUACCUGCGCAACAUGGGGCGUUUCAACAACAGCACAGGACUGUUUUACUCGACGGAAAUUAUUUGUGCAAUAGAAUACCUGCACUCCAAAGAAAUAGUUUACAGAGACUUAAAACCUGAAAAUAUAUUACUAGACAAAGAAGGACAUAUCAAGCUUACUGACUUUGGAUUUGCAAAAAAACUGGUAGACAGACUUAAUAACCUUUUCAGUUUCUUAACGUGGACUCUUUGUGGCACUCCUGAGUACCUUGCGCCAGAAGUUAUACAAAGUAAAGGCCAUGGAAGAGCUGUGGAUUGGUGGGCCCUAGGAAUUCUUAUAUUUGAGAUGUUGUCAGGGUAUAUCAAGUGUUGUCUGUGGGUUUUCCUUAUAAAUCUGCAGCCUUGUAGAAUGAUCAGAACAAAGUCUCCUUGCUUGGAUUUAUUCAUCCUUUUCUCUGUGCAGUACUGUAAUUUCAAAGUGACUGGUGACUCUUCCAGUGUUUGGACAAGCUUGUUUCCUCCAUUUUUUGAUGACAAUCCAUUUGGUAUAUAUCAGAAGAUUCUUGCUGGCAAAAUAGAUUUCCCGAGGCAUUUGGAUUUAUAUGUAAAAGACCUUAUUAAGAAGCUGCUUGUGGUUGACAGAACAAGACGACUAGGAAAUAUGAAGAAUGGAGCAGAUGAUGUGAAGAGACAUCGAUGGUUCAGGUCUAUAGACUGGGAUGCUGUACCUCAAAGGAGGCUAAAGCCUCCCAUAGUGCCCAAAGUAUCCAAUGAUGGGGAUACUUCCAAUUUUGAAGCUUAUCCUGAAGAUGACUGGAACAAGACACCUCCAGUACCUCCUAAAGAUCUAGAAAUUUUCAAGAACUUCUGAGUGUAACAUCUACACUGGACAAGAAACUGGAAGGACGUUGAAGCGCUAAGAGCAAGUCUGAAGAACGCUGGAGUUCAGAUAUAAAGGAAGAUUUUUUUUUUGUGGCUAAGUAUGAUACUGCAUUCAGAUAUGUGUAUUAGUCUGUAAUAAAUGUCAAAAAAGAUGGAGGCAGGCAGGAAUAAUUUUUUGCUGUAAACAAUUGACUUUAGUUUAGUAAAUUGUAAUAAUGAUAGUCUGCUCUGAAGUAGACUAACUAAAAUGAUAUUUUUAGGAUUAUUUUUUUUAACUUAUGGUUGAAUUAAGUUUCCUGCUAUUCCCAGAUCCUUUUUGCAUAGUUAACUCAUAGACUUAAUUUUAUAAGUUUAUACUAAACUUGUGUAAUUAAAAGCACAAAUUAGUAUAUAUGUAUAUAAUGACUACAGUACAACUAAAGCACAGGAAUUGUGCAAAGAUGUAAAUUUUUGUACUUUGCAGAGUCUAUGAUUUUUAUUUUUCAAAUAAUGUUUUACAAGAAGUUCUUUAGGAAUAAAAGUCUUAAAAAAGGAUAAAUGAGUUUUUCAUCAUCUUAUAUACAUUUUAUAAUUCUUUGUAAAAAACAAAAAUAAUUACGUUUUAAGAAAGAUUUGUACCUAAAAUUUCCAAUGCCUCACACUUACAACCAUAGUACUUGAAAGCAGAAAGACAAGGGUAUGUUCUAUUGUUGCUUAAGAUGCAUCUUAAUGGCUAAUUUAUUAAAUUCUGUUAUAAUUAUGUCUCUUUGAAAACCAGAAUUGUGAGUGAUUAUACACUGUAUGAAAUGAGAUUCCUCACAUGAAAACUCACUGUAAACUUGCAAGUCAGUCCAUCCUGAUAAAAGGGCUUUAACUGGCUCUUACAAGUUGUUCCCUCGCAAGUUUGUUGUGUUCUCCAAAUAUGAAUCAUGAGCCAUAACAGACCUUUUUCAUUAGUGAAAUAAUUGCUGUUGAAUGCUGAGCACUUCAGAAUAUCAGAGGGAAGACUGAAUAUAUAGUACAGCCUUAUUUUUCUGCUCCUCCUUUUUUGAAGAUUUCCUAGUCCCUGCUGCCAGCAAUUUCAUAUGUGGAGUUCAAACCUUAGAUGCACAGAGUUUCUAUUUUCAUCCUGUGCUAACACCUUUCUAGCAGCUUGAGCACACUGUGUUUUGGAAGUAUUUGCAAUAUUGCUUCAUUUUACGUGGCACUAAAUAUCAGUAUGUGCACAUAUAUGGAUCUUCAUAUAUUAAUGCACAGAAACAUGAAGGUAGAUUGAAUACUAGGCAGAAUCUCUUUUUUUAGUUUUUUUUUUUUUCCUGUUACGUACUGUGAUAAGGGAUUUGAUUUUGAAGUGCUUCGGUUACAAAAAGCAGUUACAUUCUUUAGGAUAUUGUGGGUUUAGAUAUCUUCCAGUGAAGCUAUAGUAUUUAGACCAAAUUUGUUUUUUCUCAGAGCACAUCAGCUCUCUGGUGUUCUACUACUAUGACUUAUGGCUCUACAUAAUACUGUUUAAUUAGAUCAUACAGACAGUUUUUCCCAAAAACUACUCUCCACGUUUUUGAUCUGAAAGCAAUAAGAAGUGUAGGCCGAAGAUUUGUUUUUCUAAACUAAACCCUGAAUGCCCAAAAAGUAGGCAUUCUAGUAAUUGUUACUGAAAUUACCAUAUUUCUGAUUUUAUGGCAGAUCCAUUACUGGAGUCUCCUUGUGAAAAAGUUAUCUCAAUUUGUUUUGUUUAGGCAGUACAUAAGUGCUGUUGAGAACCCGUAUCUUCUGGGGUAUUAUAUUAUUUCUUUAUAAAGCAAGUCUUAUCUGUAUAACUCGUGGCAGAGAUGGACAAUGUGUAACAGAAUCAGGAUAUUUCAAAAUGAUAAUCUGGAAUACCACAAAGCUGUCUUGAUGUUAUGCAGUUUGAUGGCCCCAGCUGCCACUCAGUAAACAUUGUGUAGGAAUGUAUAAUGAAAUACAGGACAAUCCAUAGGAAAUUACAGUUUUAACGUACUUUAAGUUCCUUGUUCUCGUGGAAAAAUCAAUCUAGCCCACUAUAUUUGUAUCUGUGAAAUUAGUUGUUCUAAAUCAAUUGGAAAAACUGAAACACAUAAAACACGGCUUACUUUGUGUAAGGGGGAGCAGACAGUUUGGGAGUCUUUGUAAUGUGCAAGCUUAGGGUAUUUUGUGAACUCUGAAUACUACACCAUCAGUUUCUUAUUUAAAAAUUUACAUACUGCAACAAGAAAGUAUGCUAAAUAUAGGAUUUUUCUUCAAAUUUCAAAGCUGUUCUGUUUUUAAGUCUUCAGAUCUGAGGAAAUGAAGCUGAAUUUGAGUAAUUUGCCACAGUGGCGGUUAGAAGUUUUGAGUGCUUGAACAACUGGAGAUAGUGGAUUUUCUUUUUAUGAUUCUUAUCCAUUGCUGGCAGUGGAUGCACUGACACUCAUUAUGAUGGAGACUAAGGAAGUGAAUACAACAUUAUUAAUAAUGAUAAUCUAUUGCCUUUACAUUGUUUCCGAGCCAUGUGUACAUACACCUAACUACUGACCUCGUCAGCAUGCUUUCUAGUACAAAACUGCUUUCAAUUUUUUUUAAUUAAAAUACUGAACUAAAAAAUAAAACCAAAACAUUUUUGAAGCAUUAUUUUAAGUGAUCAGUUAUUUUCUCUACAGUCCUGGACUUAUUGUGGUGUCAUUACCUGGCUGUUUUAUUUAUUUGCACAAGUGAGUCUGCUUUAAAUCUUUACUGGGACUUCCUGGCCCAGUAAUGUAGUUCUGUCUGAGUGCUCAUGCAGGUAAACACUGCACUAGGAAUUCUGGAUUUGUGGAUUUUUUAAGAAGACUAGAAGACUUUUUUUAGCUCCUGUUCAAGUAGGGUGUUCUUUGAGGUUCAUUUUAUUUUGAUUCUUUCUGUUAGUGUGUACUUUUGCCUAUAGACUGUUGCAUAAGGACUGUUGUCUUGCAAGAGAGCCAUAGGCCCUUGGUAUUCUACAGCAGUGAACAAGAAUGUUAAACAUUAAAAAACCAACCUUUAUUUUUGAGUUUUAGAUAUAUAUAUAUAUAUUUUUAAUUGCCCAGUCUGAGGUUUUAAGUGAUAAACAUGAAUUGUAAACUCAAUUGCCUUGUAACCAAAUGAUAUAAAUGCUUCAUGAUUUCAAUGAAGAACAUGCUGUAGAUUUUCCUGUAAAUUAGCUUGAUCAAUGAAUAUGUGUGCUACUGAGCUUUAACUAAUGUGAUCUUCCACUGUAGAAAGUCAUUGUUAUGGAUCAAAUAUAGGUACUAAACUAUGUUUAAAUGGAUUAACAGGGAUUUUACAGUUUUGAAAGCAAUGAAGAUAUGGCUGUUCCUCAGCCCAUCUGCUUGCCAUUCAGAAGAGUUGUGAUGCAGUGCUUCCUAUGCUAUAGAAAUAUUUUUCAGCUUUCAAUGACUGUAGCAUGAUUCCUUUUUGUACUGUACUGUGUACAGACUUCCCAUGUUUUGCACUUUUCUAUGGCAAACUUUGACUGCUUUAUAAAUACUCUGUUGUGUAGCGAGUAGUGAUAGUAGUAGCAGGUAUUUGUAUGCUGCAUAAUCAGUUUGGACUGCUUGACUUGUGAGGUUCACUUAGGCUAAUGUGUGUUGCUGGUUGCUUGUUGUAGCUUGCGUGUAAGUACUGUUCAAAGUUACAAAGUCAGCCCUCAUUGCACAAUGAAAAAUCACUGUGAUCUGUACAUAAACCCUAGUAAAACUUUAUUGCUGUUUUAUUUAAUGUAAUAUCUGUCAAAUCUGGAUUCAUUUAAUAAUAAACCUUUAUAUCUUUCCAAA